AACAUAUCAUCUGAAGAUCUCAGCCGCAUUCCUCCUCCAGACACGCCUUCGGAUCCGAUUGUUUUUCGAGAGUACGUCUUCUGAAGGUAACAAUCGCUUCUUGGUCCCUCUUAAUCAAUUAGUCUUUUCAAAGAUUACAAUGAGUCGUCAACGAUUCGAGAAUCAAGUGGUCUUCGUGACUGGUGGCAGCUCCGGACUAGGAGCGGACACGUGCGAACUCUUCCUCCAGGAGGGAGCGACACUGUUUGUGACGGACAUCGCUGAGCGAGACAUACUCAAACGACUAGGGUCAGGAAAGACCUUCUUCCACCAGUGCGAUGUUUCCAAUCCUGAAGACUGCGAAAAGGCGAUUACUGCGUGUAUAGAGCACUUUGGUCGACUUGAUGUUUUAUUCCACAACGGAGCACGACUGGGUGGAGUCUCGACUGUCGUCGACCACGAUGUGACCCUUUUCCAACAAGUCAUCAACACCAAUUUAUGCGGAUUGUUCUACCUGGCGCGCGUUGCACUUCCUCAGAUGAGGAAACAAGGCAAGGGUGCUAUUGUGAGCACGGCUAGCACCGCUGGGCUUGCGGGUGACUUUGGACUGUGUUCUUACAGCGCGGCCAAGGCUGGAUUGGUCAACUUGACCAGAACCAUGGCACUAGAUCAUGCACAAGAAGGCAUACGGGUCAAUUGUGUCUGUCCGGGAUACAUGGUCACGCCAAUGACCGUUUCCUUCCGGGAAGAUAAAAAGGUCUACGAAGAUCUUCUUGAAAGCAUCCCUAUGCACCGAGGCGCAGAUCCGAAAGAGGUGGGACGGGCAGUACUAUUCCUGGCAUCUGACGAUGCAUCUUACAUCACUGGGCAGGCCCUGGUUGCAGACGGUGGAUGGCUCGCUCACAGUGGUAGUCCCAAUUUCCUCAAGCAUAUGGGACCUCAGGUCAACGGAACUUCGUAGAGUCAUCAGGCAGUGCGAUCUCGAAGAAUGGUUGAGACUCCGCGGUGUUAGCCUACUAUGACCUAGGGUGACUUAAAUUGAAAGCUUUUCAGUACACAUAACUCCUGGGUUUACUCUGCCGUACAUCACGAGUCACGAUCAUGAUUAACUUUGACCUACGACCACUCAAAUCCCAGCGUGAUUAGGAUGCGAAGGUCUCUUUAAUCGGAAAUGCCUUGCCAGCAACUCACUUGUUGAUGGGUGUGGUGAAACCCCUGCUCAAAUCUAAUGCUUCUAUC